GCGAGACCCAUUGCCAUCCGUAACCGUCCACUCCAGCUCGCGCCGCAAAUCAAAAGAGCCCCUCCCUCCCACCAAUCCCACUGCAACUAUUUCAUCUCCUGUCUCUGCGGGCUGCUCGUCAGUGCGAGGGAGACGAGAAAGCGAGAGGAGAGGAGAGGCGGACGCGAACGAGCAAGCACGGAGCACUCACUCCCCUCCCUCCUCUUCGGCUUCUUCGUGGCUUUCUUGGCCUUCUACCGAUCGCCAAGUUGAGGUCUUGACGCCGGAUUCGAGUGAUUCGACCCGCUCCGACCACGCCCCGUGUUUCUUUCCCCAGAAUUGAACUCGUCUCCAGGAAUUCUAUCGCCCCACCGGGCUGCAGCGCCAGCGCCAUGAUGUCGUCGCCGAUGGUGCUGUCGCUCCUCCUCUUCGUGUCGCUCACGGCGCUGCUGCUUUUGGCGCCGAGGCUCUCGCCGCCUCCGCCCCCGGUGGCUGCGGGGGAUCAGGAGGAGGUGCCCGCCGCGGGGGUAGGUGUUGGUGGCGCCGGGAGCGGUGGGCCGUGGGGAGUGGGCGUCGGGGAGGAGGCUGAUGACCUCGCCCUGUUCCGCCGCGCGACGCUGGACGCCGGCGCGGGGGCUGCUGUCUCGGCGGCACCGUCCAAGGUGGCGUUCCUGUUCCUGACCAACUCCGACCUCACCUUCGGGCCGCUGUGGGAGCGGUUCUUCGCCGGGCACGAGGGUCGGUUCAGCGUCUACGUGCACGCAGACCCGGCAGCGCAGCUGCUGCUGCCGCCCACGCCGUCGUUCCGGGGCCGGUUCGUGGCGGCCAAGCCGACGCGGCGCGCGGACCCGAGCCUCAUCGCCGCCGAGCGGCGCCUGCUGGCCGCGGCGCUGCUCGACGACGCGGCCAACGUCUACUUCGCGCUGCUGUCCCAGCACUGCGUCCCGCUCCAGUCCUUCGCGCGCCUCUACGGCGCGCUCUUCCCGCCGCGAGCCGCGCACCACCACCGCCUGCCCAGCUACAUCGAGGUGCUCACCGGCGAGCCGCAGAUGCCGUCGCGCUACGUGGCGCGCGGCGAGGACGCCAUGCUCCCCGAGGUCCCCUACGACCGGUUCCGCAUCGGGUCCCAGUUCUUCACGCUCGCCCGCCGCCACGCCGCGCUCGUGGUCGGCGAACGCCGCCUGUGGCGCAAGUUCCGCGUGCCCUGCCUGCCGGAGAUGCAGCAGGACUCGUGCUACCCGGAGGAGCACUACUUCCCGACGCUGCUCGACAUGGCCGACUCCGCCGGCGUCGCACGGUACACGCUCACGCGCGUCAACUGGACCGGCAGCGUCGCGGGCCACCCGCACACGUACACCGCGCCGGAGGUGUCGCCGCGGCUCAUCGCCCAGCUGCGCGCCUCCAACCACACCCACCCCUACAUGUUCGCGCGCAAGUUCGCGCCCGACUGCCUCGGCCCGCUCUUGGCCAUCGCCGACACCGUCCUCUUCAAAGACUGACGGAUGCGCCGUGGCUAGCUGAGGUAUCAAAUUGGGGUCAGCAACAGGGAAAGCAGUGGCCCAGCUCUCUCUGCAUCUUCUCCAGAGUUCACAGUUCAGACUUGAGUUUCCCCCCUCCCCUGUACCGGUGCUGCUGUACUUUCUGUAGAUUAGA